AUGAUUGCAAAAGAGAGGAAGAAGCAUGAAGGCGUCGGUGCCUAUAAAGACGAGCUUUGUGCAAAGAUUGAGACCAGGAAUGCUUUGGCGGCCCAAGGGAAAGAAGAGAAGGCAACAAGGUGGAAUGAGCUCAAGUCUAUGGAGGAUGAGAAGUUGAGAGCAAAGUUUGCGGCACAAGCGAAAAUGGUAAAAGCGAAGGAGCGUAGCCUUGCAUUUGAGGAGGAGAGGCUUGCAAAAGAUAAUAAGGCCGGCGAGAAUCCUACCAUGUUCGUGGACCAAGGUACGAUGGAUGCCGUGGCAUGGAAGUGUUGGGAGCUCGCUCGUGAGGAGAUAUUAGCCCAAAAGGAGACCGUAUGUGGUGGUGGUACUACCCGUUGGGGUUAUGGUGGUGGACAUGGAGGACAUGGUGGUGGCCGUGAGGGUGAGGGUGAUGGAAAUGGAGGAGAUGGUGAUGACCGUGUGGGUGAUGGCGGUGCUGGUGAGCACAAAAGCGCUUGA